CCCUCUUUUUUUCGGCGUGUUUCAGAAUGGCUACUCGCAAGGAAACACCGUCGACACCAACCGCCCCGAUGGCUUCCACGUCUCCGGGAGCAACUUUAGAUUCACCCGUGAAACAGAUUCAGAUCGAAGGGCUGGUGGUCCUGAAGAUGAUCAAGCAUUACCAGGAGGAGGGUCAGGGUAGUGAGGUGGUUCAGGGUGUACUACUGGGCCUGGUAGUGGAGGACAGGUUAGAGAUCACCAACUGUUUCCCCUUCCCCCAACACACUGAGGACGACGCCGACUUUGACGAAGUCCAGUAUCAGAUGGAGAUGAUGCGGUCUCUUCGUCAUGUCAACAUUGACCAUCUUCAUGUGGGCUGGUACCAGUCAACCUAUUAUGGAUCAUUUGUCAGCCGGGCCCUGCUGGACUCUCAGUUCAGUUACCAGCACGCCAUCGAGGAGUCUGUCGUUCUCAUCUACGAUCCCAUUAAGACCGCCCAGGGCUCCCUGUCCCUGAAGGCUUACAGGUUAACACCCAAACUGAUGGAGAUCUGCAAGGAGAAGGACUUCUCAGCCGAGGGAUUGAAGAAGGCCCUGAUUGGUUUUGAGCACAUGUUUGAGGAGGUUCCCAUCGUGAUCAAGAACUCCCACCUGAUCAACGUUCUGAUGUGGGAACUGGAGGAGAAGUGUACUGUGGCCGACAAACACGAACUGCUCAACCUCUCCAGCAG